CCCCAACCCCAACUCUCAUUUAUAUAUUUCUUGCCAACUCUUCAGCACUUCAGCAUCCUCCUACAAGCAAAAACUGUAGUCUGAUCCAGAGAACCACAACACUUUCUCUCCAGAUUCUUCUCUCUGUCUCUCUCCUAUCUUUUCUCCGACGAUGAAGACAAUCCUCUCAGGCUCGCCCCAUGAGUCCUCUUCCUUCUCUUUCUCCCGACGCUACUUCAACUGGAGAAAGAAGCUCACCAACGAUGACGAAGACCAAACCCUCAACUUCAAGUUCAGCUCCUCCUCCCAUCACUUCUUCGACGAGGACGAGGACGACGAGGACAAAGACCCCAUCCAUGACGAGCCCGACUACCCGGUCCCCAAUUCUCUCGCCCCAUUCCAGGCCCCGCCGAAGAAGCUCCCGAAGCUCCGCGCCGCCCUCCACCUCUUCGGGAAGAAGCGUUCCAAGUUCCACGCCAUGCGCAGGACGCACGUGGUCGGGACGCUCUUCGGCAACCGGCGGGGUCAUGUCCACUUCGCGUUCCAGGACGACACGAGUUCGGCCCCGGCCUUCCUGAUCCAGCUGGCGGUGCCGACGAGCGUCCUGGUGCGUGAGAUGGCGUCAGGGGUCGUGCGGAUCGCCCUCGAGUGCGAUAAGAAGGCGACGACGGUGGUGGAGGCCGCCAAGAAGGAGAAGGAGAAGAAGAAGGAGGAGAAGGAGAAAAAGAAGAAGAAUAAUGGCGGGAAGCUAGCAGAGGAGGCGGUGUGGAGGACAUACUGCAACGGAAGGAAGUGUGGCUACGCGCUGCAGAGGGAGUGCGGGGAGGAGGAGGAGAAGGUGCUGAGCGCGCUGGAAGUGGUCUCGAUGGGGGCGGGGGUUUUGCCUGGUGAUAAGGGCGAUGCGCCGGGGGAGGAGGGGGAGAUGAUGUACAUGAGGGCGAGGUUCGAGAGGGUGGUGGGUUCCGGGGAUUCGGAGGCGUUCUACAUGAUGAGCCCUGACGGGAGCGGCGGCCCCGAGCUCAGCCUUUACCUGCUCAGAGUUUGAGGUUCACGAUGAAAGAUGACACGGCAGUUGGCCUUUGCCUCCUUCACGAGGUUAAUUAAGGUUGAGAAAGUUGCUUGCUGUUUUUGGACUUUUGGCUGCGUUCUUGCUUGUUUUUUUUUUACCCCCUUUUCUAUGGAGUUGGACUGAUGUGUUACUUCAGCAGCCAAAGGUGGUGAAUUGACUCGAGUCUUUUCUUAGCGUCAAUAGAUUCUUAAUGAGUAAAAAGGGUAGCGAGAUCUCGGAGAUUAUCGACGUCUGUCUCGUUGUGUUUUGGCUAAAUAGAAUAAGCUGCGAUUAUUGG